GUGACCCUGAAACCCAACUGGUCUCCUAUAUAUAAUGGAGAGACGGUCACUCUGAGCUGUGAGAUCCAGGGAGGAGGAGGAACUGAGUGGACAUAUGAAUGGAGACCAACCAGGUUAGAUUAUUCUCCAACAUCCAGUGAAUACAGGAUCAGCAAAGCUCACAGUGAUUCCAUUGAACCCACUGUGACCCUGAAACACAAAUGGUCUGAGAUAUUCAGAGGAGAGACGGUCACUCUGAGAUGUGAGAUCAGAGGAGGAGGAACUGAGUGGACGUAUUAUUGGAUAAUAAAUGACAGACACUAUCAAAUAUCCACAAAUAAACCUGCAGCCAAACUAACAGCCAGUGAUACAAUCAUACCAGCAGGGGGCAGAAUAACACUGACCUGCUCUGUUAGUGGAUCUGAUGGCUGGAAGUUUGAUUUGUUAAGACGGCAGUCAGUGGAUCAUACAGCUCAGCCCAUCAGAAUCAAUGAACCAGAUGGAGUCUUCAACGUCUCAGAUGAAGGUGUUUACAGCUGCAGAGGAGGAAGAGGAGGAAGAGGAGACCCAGUUUUCUACACUGAAACCAGUGAUAAAAUCACCAUUUGGAAAACUGUUUCCAUCAAACCCACUGUGACCCGUAAACCCAACUGGACUCAGAUAUUCAGAGGAGAGACGGUCACUCUGAGAUGUGAGAUCAGAGGAGGAGGAACUGAGUGGACGUAUGAAUGGAGACCAAACUACAGAAACUCUCCAACAUCCAGUGAAUACAAGAUUAUUGCAGCUGAURGAGACAAAUUCAGCUGCAGAGGAAAAGGAAACUAUCAGUUCACAGAGUGGAGUGAUGAUCUGUCAUUAAYUGUUUCAAAUAAACCUGCAGCCAAACUAACAGCCAGUGAUACAAUCAUACCAGCAGGGGGCAGAAUAACACUGACCUGCUCUGUUAGUGGAUCUGAUGGCUGGAAGUUUGAUUUGUUAAGACGGGAGACAGUGGAUCGUACAGCUCAGCCCAUCAGAAACAGGGAACCAGAUGGAGUCUUCAUCAUCUCAGUUGAAGGUGUUUAUAGCUGCAGAGGAGGAAGAGGAGAUCCAGUUUUCUACACUGAAACCAGUGAUAAAAUCACCAUUCAUGAAACUGUAACUGUAUCCAGUCCUGUCAGCUCUUCACUUUCCAUCAUGUUAACUGUUGGAAUCGUUCUCAUUACUGUCAUUAUUCUCCUGGUCUUGUUGUGGCGCUGCAGACGGUCCAAAGAUUUAAGCAAUAUCAGAUUGAAUCAACCAGAGAGCAUCAAUCCAGCCUCAGCCACRGAUCAUGRAGUGACCCAGAAUGACGGUUCUGUUUACAGCUCUCUGCUUCAUGGUGAUGAUACCCUCUAUGAGACAAUCCAACUCAGCAGAACCUCAGGAAACGAUUCAGCAGAGAUGAUUCAUCAUCCAGCGGAAGAUUUUGACUAUGCUAAUGUUGACCAUGGAAAGAGGAGCAACAGCUGCAGCAGAGGUGAAUGA